AUUCUACUGCAUUCACCACAAGUAUCGGUUACAUCAAUGGAAUCUGGCAUGUUAUUAAAGGAUUUGUUUGUCUUGGAGGUUUAUACGGAGCGAUCGCGCAAAAUAAGAAUAUGGUCCAACUUUUCGCAGUUAUUAUUAGCGUGACCGCAAUGAUUCACUUGGUAUUUGGUAUUGGACUCACAAUUGUGGGCCUUAAGAACCGUGACACUCUUGUGAACUUAUGUCUUCAAAAAGCUUCCUCAAAUGAUACAUGGGAUCCGUCACAACAUUGGUUGAGACCAUUUGACAAACGAGCCGACAAUCCGGACCAAAAUGCUACUACUGACCAUACUAGAAUUAUUUGUGAAACUGCCGUUAAGUGGUACCUCGCCUUCUUCAUUGUUUUCACCGCAAUCGCGAUUAUACUCACGUUCUACUUUGCCGCUAUUGUCUAUCGAUAUCGUGACGAACUCGAUGAAAAGAUUAAACACAGGAAACUGGAAAAUCAACCUUCCAAUUCUUCAUCUUUUGAGGAUAGAUAUUCUAGAGAAUAUCUGGAGAAGCCUCCGAGGGGAAUUUCUACUAAUGUCUACUUAUAUUAUUUUGAUAAGUGCGCCGAUAAUACCCGAAUCACACUCCAACCAGUCUCUCCUGCAUCUCCAGUACAAGAACUUGCUGUUCUUUCUCGAAACUAUAGUAGGGCUGGCAAUGGUGUUCUGAAAAAAAUACCAAUGGAUAUUGUCCAUUGGGUCAAUGGUCAUAGUCCAUUUAUAGUUACUAAGCCGUAUUUUUGA